CCCGCACGAGUCGGGAGUGGUACGAUCCGCGGGGCGGGGCCGGGUAGUGGAGCGAUGGCUGCGCCCGGAGCCGGCGGGUUCUUGCAGUGCCUGGUUUGUGGGAGCUGCUGGCUGUAGAGUGAGAGAAGCGGAAGCUGAAGAACCGUGGCUCUCCCCACCCAGGCGCCAUGGUGACUGAGGAGGAAGUGGAGGCCAUUGGCCGUACGCUGGUGGACACGAUGCAGCCCCUGAAGGCUCGUUUCCGAGCCCUCUUCACCCUGCGCAAUGUGGGCGGCUGUGCUGCCAUCGACUGGAUCAGCCGGGCGUUUGGGGAUGAGUCUGCCCUGCUGAAACACGAGCUGGCAUACUGCCUGGGGCAGAUGCAGGAUGAGCGUGCCAUCCCCUGCCUGGUCCGGGUACUGCAGGACACCAGCCAGGAGCCCAUGGUGCGCCAUGAAGCAGGGGAAGCUUUGGGAGCAAUUGGGAAGCCCCAGGUGCUGGAUGUUCUGAGACGUUAUUCGGAAGACCCGGUGAUCGAGGUAGCCGAGACCUGCCAGCUGGCAGUCAAGAGGCUCGAAUGGCUGCAGAAGAACAAGGAAGCACCUGGCGCCAGCCCCUACCUGUCUGUGGACCCGGCUCCCCCUGACGAGGAGAAGGACGUUGCCAAGCUGCGGGAGACCCUGCUGGAUGAGUCACGCCCGCUGUUCGAUCGGUACCGUGCCAUGUUUGCCCUGAGGAACGUGGGGGGCGAGGCCGCGGCCCUGGCGCUGGCUGAUGGCCUGGUGUGCGGCAGCGCCCUCUUCCGCCACGAGAUUGGCUUCGUCCUAGGCCAGAUGCAGCACGAGGCCUGCGUGCCCCAGCUGACGGCGGCACUGGAGAGGGUGGCGGAGAACCCCAUGGUGCGGCACGAGUGUGCGGAGGCGCUGGGCUCCAUCGCCAAGGCGUCCUGCCUGGAGACGCUGCGGGCCUUCGCCCAGGAUGGGGAGCGGGUGGUGAGGGAGAGCUGCGAGGUGGCCCUGGACAUGUACGACUACGCCAACGGGCCCGAAUUCCAGUAUGCCGACGGGCUGAGUAAGCUGCAGGCCUCGGGCUGAGCAGGGAGCCUGCCUCAGCCUCUGCGGGGAGCUGGGUGGCUGCCGGAGGAGCCAGGCCUGAUUCACCCCUGCUCUGCACCACUGCUUGCACCAGGGCAGAGUGGGUGGGAAGCCAGAUCUGCAUAGUCCUGUGCGCUCUGUGUCCCAUGGGGGUGGCAGCAAGCCUCUAGCGUUAGCUUGUUUCUCUGAGUCCCUGGGAUGGGCCAGCACCCUAGAUCCAGCCCCUGCGGGGUUGGGGGUCAGGCUCCGUGCUGGGGUCCCAGGGCAGAGGUUUCAAACAGCUGCUCUGCUGACUGGCUGAACUGCUGGAUCCUGACCCAGCAGCUCUCUGUGGGGGAGCCUGCCCGGGAUCCAGGGUCUGAGCCCGUCGGGAGAGCAGGGCUUCUCUCUCAAGUCACGGGCUGCGGGUGGGCACGAGGUUCUGUCACUUAGCUGCUCGGGCUGUGCCCACAGAGGCUCCCUUCUCCACGUCUGUGCUCAAGCUUCACUGCUGCUGCGGGGCCUAAUGCGUUGGGCAAAGCCCUGCGCUGUGCCACUGGCAGGCGUUUCAGGAGAUGAUGUGCAGCUCAACGCGGCCAGGUGGCACUUCAUGUGGCGGGGGCUGCAGCAGCCCGGCGGAGCCUGCACCUAACGCCAGGAACAAAUACCAGCCAAAGCCUCUGCCCGUUCACCUACAGCACCGUUGGCAGAGCCUCUGUCCCAGGGGUGCGGCUCAGACACAGCUGAAGAGUCCCUGGGUUUUCAACCUGCCCAUGGGUCUUUGCAGGCCUGGCUUUGUACUCCCAGUGGCGUGUGCUGUCUAGGGGUGGCUGCUGUGCAGUGAGGCUGGGUGCCCGCUUGGAAAAUCUGCCCUUCGAUUUCCCUCUUGCCUGGGCAAUGGCAGAGAGGGAAGCCGCAUUGCCCCAGAGCUCCCCUCCAGUGCCAGCCAGGGAGCAGACCUCCUAGGGCAGCACAGACCCCGGCCACAGCUGCCUUCUCUGAGCACUGGCCAGUGGGCAGACGAGUGGGGGGCGGGGUCUCUGGCACUGCUAUGGGGUCUUCCUCGGAGUGGGUCACAGCUAGCCUGUAGCAGUGGGGGCACGUAGGAGGGCAGGGGUGUAGGGGCUAGAGGUGGGAGAUUUGUAGCCAUGUGCCAGCGAGUUCCCAAACAGGGAUGUGAUCUGCUGGGCUGGAGUAGGGGGAGCCCCCUUGGAGGGGACAGGGCACAAUGCCCGAGGCAGAGCUGCGCUAGUCUCGCCAUGUGGAUGGGGCCGUCUUGCAGCAGACGGAGCCUGUGGGGGGCCAGUCGGGUACAGCUGUUCACUUGUACUGGGGCUGAGAAGGGCUUGCGGGGAAUAAAUGAAAUCGUGGAAGGUC